AUUUUGUUGGUCCAGCGCAUCAUCAUGGCGAAGAAGCAACCGAAACAAGAGAAGCGGAAGCGCGAGGAAGUCGAGGAAGAAGGAGAAGAGGAAGACCGCCAUUAUGACUUGGACGAAUCCGUUCAAGACGCCGCUCCUGCGGUGACGAAGAUUGAGCCCCUCAUCAUCCAAGGUCGGGAAUUGAAGGAAGGUGAACCGGGCACUCUCACGGGCCGCCCUCUGCGUCUGUUUGCGGACGGCAUCUUUGACUUGUUCCAUUUCGGGCAUGCGCGUGCGUUACAACAAUGCAAGCAGGCCUACCCGAACGUGUCCCUCUUGGUGGGCGUAUGCAGCGACGAAGUGACCCAUCGCUUGAAGGGUCAAACCGUCAUGACGGAAGAUGAGCGGUACGAGUCCGUGCGCCACUGCAAAUGGGUCGACGAAGUCAUCGAAGACUCGCCAUGGGUGUUAACAGAAGCAUUUUUGGACGAACACAACAUCGACUUUGUCUGUCACGAUGCCAUUCCGUACACAGACACGAGCGGCACUGCCGGCGACUCUGGGGACGUGUACGGCCACAUCAAAGCGAUCGGCAAGUUCCACGAAACGACCCGCACGGAAGGCAUCUCCACGAGCGACUUGAUCAUCCGCAUCAUCAGCGAAUACGACACGUUCAUCCGUCGCAACUUGAAGCGCGGGUACUCGGGGAAGGCGAUGAACGUGCCGUUCCUAAAGGAGAAGGCGAUCCAAAUCGACAUGGCCAUGGACAAAGUCAAGCACGACAUCGACGUGGUCGUGCACAACUUCCUCGGGAAGGCCGAAGACGCGCAGCACUCGUUCCUCAACAUGUUCUCCAAGGACGGCGCCCUCCGCACCGGCCUCCGCAAGCGCCGAAAGAUCCUGCAGGAAAGCCUCAAGGACAUGGCUCGUGAAGGUCUCUGCUAAGCCGCGCGGCCUCAUAUACACCCAUCCUUUUCAUGUUCCUCCCUCUAUGGAUUCUCACUUUAUGGCAAAGAUCCGAGUUGCUGGAAUUUAUCCAAUCAGAAUCUCAGAUUCAAACGAGCCAAUCAACAAACUGCAAAAC